AAUUGGGUAGAAAAGAACGAAAGUGAGGAAUUAGAAAGUUAUAAUGAUGAUGAGGAGGGAAUUAAUCAAGUGACAGCCGUGUGUAGGUUUCAAAUAAUGGACAAUGAAGCUCAACUCUUUGGACGAAACAAAGAGAAAACUGAAUUUAGGCUCAAACGGGAUAUACCACAUGACAUAGAAACUUCC